CGGCCUUUAUAGGCGGGACGAGGAGCAGCGUGGUGGGCACAACAAGCCCCGCGGUCGCUCGCUCCUUUCAUCCGCGGGCUUGGCUCCCCUCCCGCCGGCACCGCACCUCCACCUAGCCAGCAGACCUGCUCUGCCAGCGGCGAGGCGCUGGGGUGGGAAACCGAGCAGACGCUCGUCCUUGACCGUCGCACUCUAGCGUGACCACCGAGGGACGCUUCUCUUUGACCGGACUCCCAGCCAACACUUGAGCCGGCGUGCUCGAACACUCCCUACCGGGCACCAUGGCGGAGAGAAGUGGCCGGCUGAGCUUCCCCGGCAGCGGGGCUCUCAACAGACCGGUGCCGAUGAAUUUGUUCGCAACGUGGGAAAUCGACGGCUCGUCUCCGAACUGCAUCCCGAGGCUUUGCAGUCUGACUCUAAAAAAGCUGGUUGUUCUCAGAGAACUGGACAAGGAGCUCAUCUCUGUAGUCAUUGCCGUCAAAAUCCAAGGUUCAAAGCGCAUCCUGAGGUCCCACGAGAUCAUGCUGCCACCCAGCGGGUCUGUUGAGACGGACCUGGCCCUCACCUUUUCAUUGCAGUAUCCUCAUUUCCUGAAGCGCGAGGGCAACAAGCUUCAGAUCCUACUGCAGAGACGCAAACGCUACAAGAACCGAACCAUCCUGGGCUACAAGACGCUGGCUGUGGGCUGCAUCGACAUGGCCGAGGUGAUGCAGCACCCGACGGAGGGAGGUCAGGUGCUGCCUCUAUGCAGCCACCAGAAGGACCUGCUCGGAAAGGUGGCCGAGAUCUGGAUCUUCUCCCUCUCCAGCCAGCCCAUCGACCAUGAAGACGGUGGCUUGCAAGCCGGACACAAGAUCAAAUGCUCCGGUAACACCCUGAAUGUACGCAGUGAUUUUGUGUACAUUCCGAACGCUUUUUCUUACUUUUCAGAUAACUACUCAGAAGAGGAGUAUGAGAGCUUCUCCUCAGAGCAGGAAGCCAGCGACGAUGCAGCACAGACUCAGGAUCUGGAAGAUGAUGAGUACGACGUGCGAAAGCCAAAGAAGCAGAGAAGGUCCAUCGUCAGGACGGCGUCUAUCACAAGACAGCAAAAUUUCAAGCAGAGAGUGGUGGCUCUUCUCAAGAGGUUCCGAGUGUCUGAUGAGGUUUUAGACUCGGAGCAGGACCCGGCCGAGGUUCCUCCUGAGGUGGAGGAAGAAGAUCUGGACCUCGAUAGUGUCGAGUUCGACAACCCCAGCGACAGCGGACCUGAGCUGGACGACGAUGACAGCGUCCUCAGCACACCCAAACCUAAACUCAAGCCAUAUUUCGAGGGGAUCUCCUUGUCCAGCUCACAGACGGAAAUUGGAAGCAUCCACAGCAGCCGCAGUCACCGCGAACCCCCCAGCCCGAUGGAACCUGAUAAAAACAAGUGUGUCGGUGAGGACGAUGUGUCUGACAAUGUCUCUUACGAGCAUCCAGAGGCGGUGACCCCUACCACGGAGCUGGAGAUGGACAACAUGGACACGUUCUUGGACAGACUGCCCCCAAGUGGCAAGAUGACCAAGACUGAGUCGCUCAUUAUUUCAUCCAACAGACAGGAACCCAAGAUGGCGGGCAGGCGAGGUCGCAGCACGUCGCUGAAGGAGCGCCAGCCCAGCAGACCUCAGAACGAGCGAGCCAACAGUUUGGACAACGAGCGGGCGCUGGACACUCGCAGCCACUUGCAAAUCCCGAGGAAGACUGUGUACGAUCAGCUCAACCACAUCCUGGUGUCGGACAACCGGCUUCCCGACAGCAUCAUCCUCAUCAACACAUCCGACUGGCAGGGACAGUACCUGUCGGACAUGCUCCAAAACCACCGCCUGCCGGUGGUUUGCACCUGCACCACGGCUGACAUCCAAGCGGCGUUCAACACCAUCGUCUCCCGCAUUCAGAGAUUCUGCAACUGCAACUCGCAGACGCCCGUCCCCAUCAAGAUUGCUGUGGCCGGCGGGCAGCAUUACCUCGGUGCCGUUCUCCGCCUCUUUGUGGAUCACCUCACCCACAAGACCCCUGACUGGCUGGGAUACAUGCGCUUCCUCGUCAUCCCGCUCGGUGCACACCCCGUGUCCAAGUAUCUGGGCAGCAUCGACUAUAGAUACAACGCUCUUUUCCAGGACGUGGCCUGGAAAGACCUUUUUCACAAGCCUGAGGCUCCUUCGGUUGUCCAGGAUGGUCCGGAUGUGGUGUCCAGAGUGACGCAGUACAUGCUGGGUGCCAACGGAGCGCACCAACUUCCCAUCGCUGAAGCCAUGCUCACGUACAAGCAAAAAAGGAAAAAGAGCUUUCAUUUUGAUUUUGCCAUCAGCCUGUCCGUUUCUACCCUGGGGGGGCGAUGGCAGGUGUCCUCAAGCCCCGAUGAGGACUCGUGUCAAAAAUUCAUCCCCUUCGUCGGCAUGGUUCAAGUGGGAAUAGUGGAGCAAACGUCAGCAGCUGCAGGCGACUCGGAUGAUGCAGCGACGGCCGGCUCCACUCUUUUGCUGGCCACGCCCCCUCAAGUGUCACCGGCGCUUAAAGAGUUGUCACCCACGCCGCCAUCCUCGCCGUCCAUCAACACCACAUUCUGCGUCUACAGUUCUGGAGGUCAGGCAGAACUGAUGGGCCUGCAGGUGGACUACUGGGUGGCAGACAGGAAGAAGGACGCGGAGAAGCGUGAUUCCUCCUCAUCCUCCGCCGCCAAGAAUACGCUCAAGUGCAAUUUCCGCUCGCUGCAGGUCAGCCGGCUGCCCGUGGGAGGCGCCGAACCCGGCACCCUGCCCGCCAUGUCCAUGACGGUGGUGACUAAGGAGAAGAACAAAAAGGUGAUGUUUCUGCCAAAAAAGAGCAAAGACAAGGAGGUGGAGUCCAAAAGUCAGGUUAUCGAAGGCAUCAGUCGCCUCAUCUGCACCGCCAAGCACCAGCACAACAUGUUGACAGUGUCGAUCGAUGGCGUGGAGUGGAAUGACGUCAAGUUUUUCCAGCUAGCGGCGCAGUGGUCAUCGCAUGUCAAACAUUUCCCUAUCGCCAUCUUCGGCCAUGUCAAAGGAUCCUACUAAAGACCUUCCUCUUGCUCUCACCGACCCGUUUAAACCCAUUUUGUUACAUUAUCUGUGUUGUAUUAUUUCUUUGUCAGUGUAACUUGACCUCUGCUUUGUUAUUGUUCUUUUUAGAUGCAUAGCACUUCAACUAAAUGCUAAUCUCACGUCCGAAAUGGACGCCAUCGUACCGAAAGCACAUCCCGCACAUGAAUGAAGGACUUCUAUUUUAAAAACAAAUUUUUAAAGUAUUUUUAAGCCGGGGAAUGUUUGAUGGCAGGUGCAAUAGUAAAUAAAAAAAGUAAAGGGGACUUCUUAUAGAAAAUUGAGAGUUGAAUGGCUUGUAUACAAAUAAUCAGUAAUUAAUUAGAAUUUCUUUGUCCUUGUGGUAUUUGAGGAAAACAUGUCAGUCAAGUUCAAAUUGUAAGAAAAUUUCACAAUGUAUCUCUUCUCACACAACAAAUCAUAGCACAAUGCGAGCGACGACUUCAAAAUACUUUUAAGGCAGGAUUUCCUUUUUGCUGUUGCAGAUGACUUCACAUCAUGUAAAAUGUACCGCAGCAGCUAUUCUGUAGUCAGUCCACUCACUGUCUGUCAUGACCAAACAUAUGAUAAAGCUGUUAAUUGUUAUUAUCAGGCAGAAUUUUUAAGUGCCUACAUUUGUUUCAACAAGUUCCCAUUUAAAACAUCCUGAUUGUGCUUCAAGGACAACACGAUGCACUGCAUGAUUGUAUGUGGCCGCUUUUGUCGUUUAAAAACACUAAAUGAACCUGUCUAAAAAAGCAUUUUUGAUUUUUGUCAAGUUGAAGCCACUGUCAUACCCAAACCCUCUGUGUAAUAAAACUACUACACACUAAAAUAUUCUGUGGUGUUAGUUGAUUUCCUUUUCUAUUGAAGCAUCCUGCCGAAAAAAGAAAAUUUAUCACGUUAAUACAUGAUUUAGUUCAGGUCACUAGCUGAAGACGGUACACAAGAAAGCCUGCCCGUCUCAUUCGACCAUAGGACAUGGUUCCAUUAAUUCAUGUGCUUUGUUCACGUCUUCAGCAAACUGUUUGCGGGCUGUCUUGUGUACCGUCUGCAGAAGAGGCUUCCUCCUGGGAUGACAGCCAUGCACACAAAUUUGAUGUAGAGUGUGGCGUAUGGUCUGAACACCAACAGGCUGACCCCCCAUCUCUUCAAUCUCUGCAGCAAUGCUGACAGCACUCCUGUACUGAGUCACAUGACAUUUUGGAGGGAAAAUGACAAGCAGUUCUCAAUUGGGACAUUUAGGGAUGUACGUUUUUUCAUAGGGGUGUACUCACUUUUGUUGCCAGGGGUGUAGAUAUUAAUGGCUGUAUUUUGAGGGGAAAAUAAAUUAACUAUUACAUAAACUGCAUACAGACUACUUUUCAUUGUGCCAAAGCAAGGGCGUAGGUUUGGUCUUAAUAUUAGUAGGGACGAUAUAACAGCAUAACCUGCAUGUACACUUUUUGCUGGGGACGGGACAUUAAUAAGACCAAACAUAUUUGGUGAAUGGGGGUCAAGGCUACAUUUCUCACCAAAAUGAACCUAAUUAAUUGAUAGGCUAAAUGAUUAAUGCAAAAUAAAUCUGUAUUGACCUAUACUAACUUUCACACUGCAUUGAACUGUAUCUAUUCAUCUUUGUUGCUUCAUUUCUAAUUGUGUAUCAUAUUGCCUCUGUAAAGCCCUUUGAGA